GCGCUCCGGCGGGGGGGACUCCAGCCAAUUUGUUUGCGAGUUGCUUUGUUGCUGCUGGGGGAUUUUUUUCUAUUAUUAUUAUUUUGAAGAGGGGGGGGUGAGGAGAGGGGGCUGGCACCGGCUAUAAAGGCAGAGCUCCCCGGAGCAGCCGGCACUUCCCCGCCACCAUGAGUGCUCCCCUGGCCUGACAGCCCCUGCCUACCCGGGGCUCCCCGGCUCAUGCCACCUGAAUGCGCAGCUGCGUGCGUGUGGCAGCACCGGGGUGGGAUGGUGUGAGCCCCAGAGCCGUUCUCCUCCCUCCCACCGCCCCUCGGCUGGCUCUGGCAGGAGAAGAGCCCACCAACCGCUUGGAUGAUUUGAUUUCUUCCCUGCCCGAAAUUACUCUUGCCCAGAUGCUGUGGAUAAUAUUCAUGUUGCUGUUAUUCAUCAGUUCCAUGGAAAUGCUCACGCAGAACCGAUGGAAGAAGCAAGUGAGCACCGGCCUGCUGGAGAACUGUACGGGCUGCGUUCUGUGCUCGGAGGACAAUGGCUGCAUCACCUGCCAUCACCGGCUCUUCCUGCUCAUCUGGAGGGACGGCAUCCGCCAGUACGGGAUGUGCGUCCAUACCUGCCCCCCUGGCUACUUCGGCGUGCGGGGACUGGAGGUCAACAGAUGCACAAAGUGCAGGUCGCCCAGCUGCGAGAGCUGCUUCAGCAGAGACUUCUGCAUGAAGUGCAAAGACAAGUUUUACUUGCACAAGGGCCAGUGUUUUCGGCAGUGCCCCCCUAGUACCACGGCGCAGCCCAGCACCCGGGAGUGCCAAGAGAUGUGCGAGCUGGGGCCGUGGAGCGAGUGGAGCGCCUGUACCCACAAGGACCAGACCGGCGGCUGCAAGUGGGGUGUGGAGACGCGGGUCCGGGAGGUGACGGGGGCCGCCCGGGAGGAGGGGGUUGCCUGCCCCGCGCUGCAGGAGACGAGGAAGUGCCGCAUGAGGAAGCACUGCCCAGGAGAGAAAACCGAGCCCAAAAAUAAAGGCAAAAAGCGGCAGAAGAAGCCGAAGACAGAACCGCAUGUGGGUACCUAGCGGCACUGGCAUGGGAGCCAGGG